AUGGAGGAUCUUGAUGCUGAUGAUGAGCAGGAACAAACCUUAGAAAAAACCUUACCUUCUCAUCAAAAUUUCUAUGAGAAAUUCGAUGAUAAUACACUAAAAUAUGACGAUGUCUGCACAGGAAAAAUGACGGAGCUCAAUAAUUUAAAAAGUAGUAUGGAAUCCCAUGCUGAGGACGUUAUGAACGCGGCAUGUUACGUUCACACCGAAUAUGAAAAAGGCAGAUUUUUCACAAGGGAAGCUUGCUAUUUCCUCUACUUCUGGAUUGGGCAACAAUUAUUUAGUAGUUCGGGAGGUACCGACUUGCAGGACACCCUACAUCAAAUUUGUACAAAAAUGAUGGACACCAAGGUUUUUGGAACUCAUGGUUGUAAAGAUAUAUGUGAUAAAGUUGAAAAAACUACCUUUGGUCACAUGAAAUCAGUAUUUGAUUUUUUAUAUGACCAUACUACUACACGUGCAUUAUUAACGAAUGGCGGCUCAAAGGUUAUUGAGGAAUGUAAAAGUUACAAAGAAAAAGUCAAAGCAGCAGAAACUGCAGUGGGAACACACUGUGAGAAUGACGGAAAGAAGCAUAAUUACUGUCAAAAUUUUUGGACGUGGAAUUCAAACAGCGUCAGCUUUAAUCUAUCGAAAUUGGAAACUUCAUUAACGUCUGCACAUGAAAGAAUAGAAAAGGAAGAACAAGCAGCGAAAUUAGCAAAACACGAAGCCGUAAGUCAAGCAGUACGUGGUGCCACCACCACCUCUUCCAUCUCUUCUAUCUUUGGCACAUUAGCAGCUACCGCUUUCCCCUUCCUCCUGUAUAAAUAUAAACCAUGGUUUUCUUGGUUUGGUAACUACUCUUCUGGAAAUGGAAGGAGCAGAAAAAGAAGAGCAAUUGGACGGAACUUUAGUUCGUCCACAGAAGACACCUUAACAGAAUACUCUACAGAAACAUCUACAAUAGGUCGAACAGAAAAUUCAACAGUACGUUCCUCUGUUACCACAUGCCCAAGGCAGUCUACCCAAGGACAGUCUACACGAAGAAGAAAUAAUAAUGCGGGGGGUCGCGGGAUGGUAGGUUAUCAGAACAUGUAA